AUGGCACCUGGGUUGACUGCAAAGGCCGAGGCGCACACAACGGAGCCAGCACUUACAAAGGGCGAUGCAGCACCAAGUCUCUAUCAGAGCGAGAGCCCGAAAGUCCUGGCCGAAAAAUCCGAAAAAUACCUCUUAGGAUUCGGAAGUGCUGUGCACGAUGAAAUCAUUACCGGUACGCGCGGCCUAUACUUCUACACUGCAAAUGGCCAAAAACUGCUUGAUUGGACUUCGGGUCAGAUGUCGUGUCUAUUAGGCCACGGUCACCCGGAGAUCGUAAAGGUAAUUACCGAUCAUGCCAUGUGUCUCGACCACACCUUCUCUGGCAUGGUUUCUCCUCCUGUGGUCAACCUUGCCGAACGACUCUGCCAUAUGCUGCCGGGCGGACUCGACCGAGCCAUGUUUCUCUCAACAGGCGGGGAAAGCAACGAGGCAGCCAUCAAGCUGGCCAAGGUGUACACAGGAAAUUUUGAAGUCGUCGGACUGGGCGCCUCCUGGCACGGUGUUACUGCCCAGGCCGUCGGCGCCCAGUUCCACUUUGGUCGAAGCGGCCAUGGCCCGCUCAUGCCUGGAACCAUGAUGCUCCCGGCCCCCAACGCGUAUCGAUCCGUCUUUCGCAACAACGAUGGCAGCUACGAUUGGGAGGCUGAGCUUGACUACGGUUGGCGCAUGAUAGACCUCCAGUCAUGCGGCUCCCUCGCCUGCUGCAUUGUCGAGUGCAUUCAGAGUUCCGGUGGAAUGCACGUUUUGCCGUCUGGAUAUCUCAAGGCGUUGAAAAGACACUGCGAGAAACGCGGCAUGCUGCUCAUUGUGGAUGAGGCGCAAACUGGCGUGGGCCGUUGCGGCGACUUCGUGGCCAUCAAUCAUGACGACGUUGUUCCAGACAUUCUGACGCUCUCCAAGACACUCGGAAACGGCCUACCGCUGAGCGCUGUCGUGACGAGCGAUGCAAUCCACCGCGUGUCCAAGGAAAAGGGGUUUUUCUUUUACACAACCCAUCUCAACGAUCCUUUGGUUGCCGCAGUGGGCAACAUGGUGCUUGAGAUUGUCGAUCGCGAUAAUUUGGUGCAGCAUGCGCGCGAGGUCGGCAGCGUGCUUCAUAAAGGGCUACGCACGCUCAUGUCUCGCUAUGGCUGCAUUGGUGAAGUCCGGGGCCGGGGACUGAUGGCCGGCGUCGAAAUUGUCACGGAUCGCGAAUCCAAAUCUCCAGGCAGCGAUUUGGCCAAGCGCAUUGGGGACAGGGCGUUUGAAUACGGCAUCUGGGCGAAUUUGAGCAGUCAUCCGAGCUUCGGCGGCGUGUUUCGCAUUGCGCCGCCCAUUACCGUGACGGCGGAGCAAAUCGAACAGGGCUUGGAGAUUUUGGAGCGCGCCUUUGCCGAGACAGACGGCUCCUUGCCUCUGUACUGA